AUGGGAGAUUUUGAUUUUAGGUUUGGUGGUAUGAUGAACUUCUAUUAUGAAGGUUUACAAAAAGAAAGAGAAGAAGAAGAUAAACGUAAACUUGAAGAGGAGGAAAGAAAGAAGCAAGAGGAAUUGAAACUGUUAAUGGAAGAACAUGAUAAAGCAGAACAAGCAGUUAAAGAUGCAGAAUUAGAGAAACAAAGAAUUGAAAAAGAGAAACAAGAAGAAAGAGAAAGAUUAAGACAAAUUGAAGCUGAUAAAUAUCCAAANACCAUUAGAUUAUAUGUUGGUGGUUUAAACCCAACUAUUCAAUUCUCUGAAAUUGAUAAUUUAUUCUCUUCAAUGAUUAAAGAUACAAAAUUAGAAAAAUUAGAAUUUAUUAAUGAUAUAUCUUCAAAUCAAUAUAAAGGUUUCGCUUAUUUAAAUGUUUAUUUCCCAACCAUUGAUUCUUUAAAUAAAGCAUUAAGUGUUUUAAAUAAAACUAAAUGGAAAGGAUCAGUAUUAAAAAUUCAAAAAGCAAAACCAAAUUAUUUAGAGAAAUUAAAUGAUAUUAAAAAAAAAGAAAAAGAAGAAGAAGAAGAAAUUUUAAAGAAAAAAGAAGAAGAAAGAUUACAAGAAGAAAAAGAAAUUGAAAAGAGAAGAGAUGAAGAAAAUGUAAAAUUUAGAAAGAGAUUAAGAUUAGAAAAGAAAUCAAUGCAUGCUAUGUAUGAAAGAUAUUUAGAAUAUAGAAAACAACAUCCAGAAUGGGCUAGAGAAAAUAGUUUUGAAAAUAAUAAACCAAAACAUUCACAAUUUUCAAAAGAGUAUCAAUUUUUAGAUGGUUUAAUUGAAAAUGAUAAUAGAAAUAAUAGAAAUAAUAGAGAUAAUUAUAAUAAUAGUAGUAGGGAUAAUUAUAAUAAUAAUUAUAAUAAUAAUUAUAAUAAUUAUAAUAAUAAUAAUAAUAAUAAUAAUGAUGAUAGUUAUAGAGGUGCUGUAUCAUUUAAUGAUGAAAAUAAUAAUGAAGAAAAUAGUAUUGUACCAAAUAAUGAAAAUAAAUCAAAUGAUUUUAAUAAAGGUUAUGGUGCAUUUUAUGAGAGUGAUUAUUAUGAUGGUUCUCAAUUUAAUAAUAACAAUAACAAUAGAAAUAUUAAUAAUGAUUAUAAUAAUGAAUAUAAUAAACAUAAAAAUAGUUACAAUAGUGAAAAUAAUAAUAAUAAUAAUUAUAAUAAUAAUAAUAAUAAUAAUAAUAAUGGUGGUUAUGGUGAAGAGGGAUAUGAUGAAAAUUAUUAUGGUGAAGAUGGAUAUGGUUAUGGUGAAGGAGAAGAAGAAUAUGAUGAAAAUUAUUAUAAAAAUGAAUUAAAAAAUAAUAAAAAAAGUUAUUCAGAAAAUGAAAGUGGUCAAUAUGAAGAAAAAGUUAUUGAUUAUGAUAUUAAAAAACAAUCUGCUCUAGAUGGUGAAAGAAAGAGACAAGAGGCCUUUAGAAAGAGAAGAAUGGAACAAUCAAAAGUUGCAGCUUCAUUCACUGCCACAUCACAUUCAGGUGAGGAUAUGGUUUUAUUCGAAAGUGAUAGUGAUGGUGAAAAUAAAUCAUCAAAUAAUUAU